AUGGCCGCCCCAGACGGAGAUAAAUUACGCGACGUCGGUUUCCUCAAAACGGGGACUAAGGGCAGCGCCCAGGGGAACUUCGGGCUAAUGGACUUGGUGGCAGGUUUGCACUGGCUCAGGGAAAACCUUCCGGCCUUCGGUGGAGACCCCGAGAGAGUGACCUUAAUGGGUCACGGCACUGGGGCCGCCCUCGUCAACUUCAUAGCCGUAUCACCUGUUGCCAAAGAACUCUUACAUCGAGCCAUCCUGUUAAGCGGCUCCGGCCUUAGUCCUUGGGCCCUGCAACGUGAUCCACUCUUCGUCAAGAGGAGAGUUGCCGAACAAACUGGAUGUCAUGGGGACCUCGUCGAAGACGAUCUGGCGCCGUGCUUGAGACUGAAACCACUUAAUCAGUUACUAUCGGUUCAAGUGGAUGCUCCGAGAUUUCUGCCUGGAUUUGCUCCAUUUGUGGAUGGUACGAUACUAGUGAAUCCUGGUAUGAUGUCACAAUCAAAUAGUGGAGGUUCAUCCUCAUCCUCGUCAACGGUGGCAACAGCAGCAGGUUUCGAGCUUGCAGAUUUCGCUGAAUGUGAUCUUCUUUUUGGGCUGACGAGUACAGAGUCCUAUUUGGAUUUGAGCGCACAGGAUCUGGAAUUCGGGUUCAACGAGACUCGGCGCGAUCGCAUCCUGCGGACAUACGUUCGCAAUUCUUACUAUUACCAUCUGAACGAAAUCUUCUCGACGUUGAAGAACGAAUACACGGAUUGGGAAAAGCCGACACAAAAUCCUCUCAGCGUUCGGGACGCUACUUUGGAAGUGUUAAGUGAUGGUCACACAGCUGCACCGCUUAUAAGGAUCGGCUAUUUGCAUGCGCUCAGGGGAGGAAAAACGUUUUUCCUGCACUUUCAUCACCAAAGCGGAGAAAGGGAUUUUCCACUGAGAAGCGGUAGCGUGAGAGGCGAGGACGUUCCAUAUAUACUAGGACUGCCCUUGGUGGGCGGAGGAGUCUUCUUCCCACAUAACUACACCCACGGUGACAUUUCAAUUUCGCGCACUCUGCUUCAUUACAUCAGCAACUUCGUGCGGAAUGGGGAUCCGAAUGGCGCGGUUCCAACGAGUCCCGCUGGAUCCGAAGCCAAGAAGAGGACGGAGGACGACAUCGGAGCGCCUUUCUGGGACACGUACGACACCAUCAACCAGCUCUAUUUGGAAUUGGGAAAUAAAGCGGAAAUGAGGAAUCAUUAUAGGGGACAUAAAAUGUCCCUGUGGCUGAACCUAAUACCACAACUUCAUAGACCGGGCGAAGGCGACGACAUCUCUAUGAGGCAUCAUCACUUCCAAGAAGAAGGCGAUCAAUACUACGACGGCUACGUCCGACCGCAAACGAUGCAGAGGCCGACCCUGGUCCACGCAAUUGUUCCGCAACCUUCGACGACAACUCGGACCGCUCCAGCCACAACAACUCCAACACCUCCGCCACCCAAAUCAGACACUGCCCUUCAAGCCACAACAACCGAGUGUCCACCCAACAACACCUACGUUAAUCAACAUAAAAACAACAAUAAUAAUCUGUUGAGGAAACUAGCGUCCAGCCACUACCAGAGUUACACUACAGCUCUGACGGUCACCGUAGCCGUGGGAUGCUUCCUCUUAUUGCUGAAUAUAAUUAUCUUUGCUGGGAUCUACCAUCAGAAAGAUAGGGGUAAGAAGAAGAAAAGGAAGGAGGAGGCGGAGGCUGGUAGCUGCAGCUCUUCUUCAGCUGAUGCUUAUGAGAAAGGGAUGUACGAAGCUCGGCAGAGCAACUACGAUUACGAGUUGUCUCAUGGUAACACUUUCGAAUGCAAAACCAUGCCCAAUUUCAUAGGGGAGUACAGCUGCGAUAAGAGAUCAAUGGCGGAUGUCCAAAUGACGCAGCUUCCUUUACAGGAGUUUCAGUCAUCGCCACCUUCCGCUAUGAAGCGAAUGGAAUCGAAACCGCCCAUCUAUCCGGAUGUGACCACAACCACGACCAACCAAGACACUCAGACAACCACGAGUCCGAGCAUUCCGGACCCUCCGCCACCUCCAAAGAAUCAGCCCCCGACCAGCCAAGGUAUUCUCAGGCCGCACGGCGUGCCCACAACUCCAGGAACGAUGAAGAAGCGCGUCCAGAUACAGGAGAUAUCCGUUUGAGUGAAAUCAUAUCUAAUGGAAUUGCUCUGUGAUUGCUUACAUAGGAUUUGAAUUUAUUUAUUCCCGGUAAAUUAACAAAAGCUCCUAACGCACCACAAGAAACUCGUUUCCAAAGCAUCCGAAUAUCCAGAGAUUGGAAUGGUCGGAGCCUUGGGAGCAUAGCGAAUCGACAAAUAAAAGUAAUAUUAUAUUUUCAUUACAUUAAACGGAAUUGAAAAGUUACGUUUGCAGCAACUUGCCUCUAUCCUACAUGCACUUUUUUGUUGUUGCAAAAAGCAUUCUUUGCGCCGCAUCAAAACACGUUCCUUUCGAUGCUUUUAGUUAAUUUCGUUUUACGCCCACGAAAUGAUUCAUAUCCAACCACCGACCAAAGGAAACCAAAUACUACUUUCAAAAUGGUUUUUACACAUGGGACACAAUUUAUUACUUUAAGUAGUUUCAUAAGUCAAUUACUUCACGG